GGUCAAACUCGUCCCAAAUACUCCCACACCUCCCUCGGCUAUUUCUCGUAAUUAAUCCCUCAUGAUGGAAGUGACGUCCAGGCAGUCAUCGAGACUGCUUCGGUCUUCCAUUCGCGGUUCUAACCGCGUGGCCCUUCAGAACCCUUGUCUUUCUGGUCCUCGCAUCAUAUCUUCCAACACCCUGAGUACCAUUCGACGGCGGAAUGUCUCCUCAACAUCUCGACGGACCGCGCCAGAAUCGUCACUGCUAGGCUUCGGACCCGGUUCGUUACCCGGCGGUGCACCCGCGACAUACUUCUCAAGUCGCUCCGCGCUUCCCAUGAACACUGUCAUUCGAUUCGUCCCUCAGCAGACCGCAUGGAUCGUUGAGCGAAUGGGCAAGUUCCAUCGAAUUUUAGAGCCUGGAUUGGCAAUUCUGAUCCCUUUCAUUGAUCGGAUCGCAUAUGUCAAGAGCUUGAAGGAGUCUGCCAUUGAGAUACCGAGCCAGAAUGCCAUUACCGCCGAUAAUGUUACGUUGGAGCUGGAUGGUGUGUUAUAUACGAGGGUAUUUGAUGCCUACAAGGCAAGUUACGGCGUUGAGGAUGCCGAAUAUGCCAUUUCCCAACUAGCACAGACAACUAUGCGCUCGGAGAUUGGUCAGCUCACGCUAGACCACGUGUUGAAGGAGCGUGCCACGUUAAACACCAAUAUUACGCAGGCUAUCAACGAGGCAGCUCAGGACUGGGGUGUGGUCUGUCUACGUUAUGAGAUUCGGGAUAUCCAUGCUCCGGAAGGCGUCGUUGCAGCGAUGCACCGUCAGGUGACGGCAGAGCGGUCAAAGCGUGCGGAGAUCCUCGAAUCUGAGGGUCAGCGACAGAGUGCGAUCAACAUCGCGGAAGGUCGGAAGCAGUCCGUCAUUCUUGCGUCCGAGGCUCUGCGGUCUGAGCAGAUCAACCGUGCUUCUGGUGAGGCAGAGGCGAUUAUGCUCAAGGCGCAGGCGACUGCCAGAGGUAUCGAGGCCGUGGCUAAGGCGAUUGCAGAGGGCAGUGAGAACGCGCACAGUGCCGUCAGCCUCAGUGUCGCAGAGAAGUACGUCGAGGCCUUCUCGAAUCUUGCGCGUGAAGGAACUGCUGUCGUUGUUCCUGGCAAUGUUGGCGACCUUGGUGGAAUGAUUGCGAAUGCCAUGGCCGUUUAUGGCAAGGUCAACGCGAGCCAGGCGCGCUCCAUUGCCGCGAAGGCCCUUGGAGUGCAGGAGCCUGCUCAGAUUGAGUCCUCACAUCAACAAAAGGCAGCAAAGCAUACUUCUGGGCCGGAGCGUCAGGCUGAGUCUGAGACCGACAAGGUUGAGAAUGUCGCUGAUAGUGUCUUGGAAGGAUUUGACCAAGCGAGCCAACAGAGAAGAUAGAGGAUUCUAAGUGAAGAUGACUCUUUUCGUUAACCACUUGGCAUAAUUCUCCAGACUUCGGGUGUUUCCUUCCGCUGAAGGCAUCUCCCUCCAUGACUCCGUCCAGCUGAAAUGAUUUAUUGGUGUACGAUAAUAUCUCGUGGCAACUUGUACCUUACGACCUUUCAUCUUUUGCAACCAAGAUCCUACUUCUCAACACUAUCUAGCAUAUACUCAGGAGUGCAGGCAGGGAGCCACCGUGGCGGAGAACAAAAGUUGUCGUCGGCAAGUGUUGGUUGGCUUUAGCUGAUUUUCUUUACACUUAUCCUUUCUCUCCUCCUGUGUAUAAUGUACAGUACCCCAGUAUUAAGGUGGAGGCGAAAAUAACAUUAGCCUCUUAUAUUUCGCCAUCAAUGCCAUCAACGCAGGAUAUGCAGUCCGUUGUCAAGAUAAAUAUGCGGAAUAGUCCCUGCAGGCGGAGAAUAUGAGGAAGCUCGGAC